AAGCUAAAGAUAUGCUACUAGUUAUUGGAAUGCCAGUGUCUCAUAAAAAUGUUAGAUACAAUUGUAGUGUUAUAAUCCAUAAUUGUAAAAUAUUAUUGAUUCGCCCAAAAAUGUUUUUGGCUAACGAUGGUAAUUAUCGUGAAAUGAGAUAUUUCACUGCCUGGUCGCCAGCUCGUUAUGUUGAGAAUUAUUAUCUUCCAAGAAUUAUUAGGAAUAUUACAGGACAAACUGUAGUUCCUAUUGGUGAUGCGGUAAUCUCUACUAUUGACGCUUGUAUUGGAGUGGAAUUAUGUGAAGAGCUUUUUACACCUAAUAGUCCUCAUAUUAGUAUGGGCUUGGAUGGUGUAGAAAUUUUCACCAAUAGUAGUGGUAGUCAUCAUGAAUUACGUAAACUUCACAGACGUAUUGAUGUAAUUAAAGAAGCAAUGAUGAAGAGUGGAGGAGUUUACCUCUAUUCUAAUCAACAAGGUUGUGAUGGUGAUCGAUUAUAUUAUGACGGCUGUGCAUUAAUUGCAAUCAAUGGUCGAAUAAUUGCUCAAGGAUCACAAUUUUCCCUUAAUAAUGUGGUUUAUGAUGUUCGUUCACACCGUGGAAUGAGCAGUAGGGCAAUGCAGGCCGUUAAUGCGGCCACAUACCAACGCAUUGAGACACCUAUUGCUUUGUCUUCUGAAGAAAAAAAUUUUAACCCACACUUUUCUCCUACAAAACCUAUCAAAGAGCAUUAUCAUACGCCGGAACAAGAGAUUGCUCUUGGCCCAGCUUGUUGGCUUUGGGAUUAUCUCCGUCGAUCAAAGACUAGCGGUUAUUUUUUGCCUCUGAGUGGAGGAGUGGAUAGUUGCGCUACAGCAGUUAUUGUACAUUCUAUGUGCCGCCUUGUUGCUGAAGCUGCAUCGAAUGGAGAUACUCAAGUCAUUAUGGAUGCAAGGAAGAUUGUCGGCGAAAAAGAAGACUCAGACUAUAUUCCCACAGAUCCUAAAGAAUUCGCAAACCGCAUUUUUCACACAUCCUAUAUGGGUACAGUCAAUUCAAGUAAGGAAACUCGUGAACGGGCAAAAAAACUUGCUGAUGCUAUAGGCUGUUAUCAUAUUGAUAUGAACAUGGAUAGCAUUGUUUCAUCCGUAUGUACUGUAUUUAGUUUGAUUACAAAUAAGACACCACGAUUUCGAAUCGAUGGUGGUACGGAUACUGAGAAUUUGGCACUUCAAAAUGUACAGGCUCGAUUAAGAAUGGUUCUUUCAUAUUUGUUUGCACAACUUUUACCUUGGGUGAGGAAUAAGUGUGGAUCAUUACUUGUUCUUGGUGCUUCGAAUGUAGAUGAAUGUCUUCGAGGCUAUCUAACAAAAUACGACUGCUCAAGCGCGGAUAUAAACCCAAUUGGCGCUAUAAGCAAAAAUGAUUUGCGUAAAUUUAUCGAUUACGCAAAAAAUGAAUUCGGAAUUCCUAUACUUGAUGAGUUUCUUAAAGCAAUACCGACUGCAGAGCUUGAACCAAUCACUCAUGAAUAUAUUCAAUCUGAUGAGGCUGAUAUGGGCAUGACAUAUGAUGAAUUGUCUAUCUUUGGCAAAUUACGCAAAAGCGAGCUUUGUGGACCAUUUUCAAUGUUUUCGAAACUCGUUCAUGAAUGGGGAACAGAACUAAGGCCCAAAGAGAUCGCAUCAAAAGUCAAACGUUUCUUCUACUAUUAUUCUAUAAAUCGGCAUAAAAUGACUACACUUACACCUUCAUAUCACGCUGAAGCGUAUAGUCCUGAUGAUAAUAGAUUCGAUUUAAGACCAUUUUUAUACAACUCAGCUUGGAGUUGGCAAUUUAAAAAGAUUGAUGCACUUUCUAACGAUAUGGAAAAAUAA